AUGAGUUGGUGGCCAGGUCGGCCGAGAGCUCCCGCUGCCCUGGUCCUCGGAGUCUUUUCCUUGGCUUCACCCCUUCCUCGCACCGCAGAGGAGGUCCUGCGACCCAGAGACGUGGACUGUUCAAGUUCACCGGAAUGGGAGAGAUUUCGCCUGGCAGCUGUUGCCCAUAGCAGGAAUGGCUGGGAUGUCGAGGUGAGCGGUGCCAAAGAGCUGGAGUCGAUGGCUAGAAGCCUGGUGGCGAAGUGGAGAUGGAUCGUUUGUAAGGAGGAUUGUCAGACCACCCAGCACCUGGCCUGGUUUUUUGUGGAGGACUGGGGUGCACGUUGCAAAGCGAGCGUCAACUUCGACCGCUACCUCAUCACCCAUUACUUCAGGAACCGUGGGCUGGAGUUCGUUCAGCGGACGCCCUCGGAGUACUGCCACUUCGGUUUCCUGACUGCUCUCGUGAUCGCGGCCCAGUUCGAAUUCCCUCAUUCGGUGGCCCAGGCCGGCCGGAUGCUCUUCCUCGCGUACGUCCUCCUCGGCGACUUCUUUGCAUUCGACUGGCUGAGAUCUUCCGGCUGGCCCGCAGACUCCCUGCUGGUCAUGUUGAACGUGCACAUUGUGUCGCAGCGCCUCCUCGUGGGCAAGGAUCUGGAGCAAGUUCGUGCUGCAGGUCGGCUUCCAGGAUUGGAGGGACCAGCCUUUUUGCGCUUGCACAGCCGUUGGCAGGGGACGUCAGAAGAUGCGAAAAAGACGCAUCGGGCAAUGGAGCCUGAUGCUGUUCCUGCAUUGCGAAUUUGGCAGUUUGACGACCACACGGCGUUGGCUGGGGAGGCGAAGACUAUGCUUACCAGGUUUGGUCAUGCGAUGAAAGUUCGUGUUCGCUUUCUUGGGAAUUCCUUUCCUGGCAAUGUUUGCCGAAACUACGACUUGUGUGCGCAACCAGAGGACAAGGAGCUCCUGCAGGGACUUCUGCGACGCUACUACAAGGAGAAGCAGGCAUUCGCUACCGUUGCAGCUGCUUUCGAAGAAGCUCUGGGGCAAAGGCUCUCGCGAGAGGCCGACGUGCUUAUGUGCUCGCAACCAUUGGGUUGGUGUCGCUUCCUGAUCAACAUGCGCAUGCCGAUGCUUCUCUACGCUGGCCUGCCCGUGAUGUGGGAUGUGCCUGAAGCCGAUCGCACUGGCUGGGCGGCAGACUUUGCAGACAUCUUGAUGAGCCAAGAACAUGUGGUCAUAGCGAACAGUGUGUUCGUUGCGAGAGAGGUCCAGUGGCAAUUCGGAGUGCGGGUGCCGACGUUGAGACCACUGGGCCUGCACACAAAUGCGAUGCACGUGCCUGUGUUGAAUGCCUCUGUCUUGGUGAGCCGCUUUGGAACCAGCGGAGGGCUUUCGGAGUGUUUGUUUGAGAAGUUCGCGGCGGUCAACAGGCAUUGGUUUCCUCUCCAUUUUGUGCAGAUGGAGUCCUUGCUCUUUGCAGAGCACCUCGUGGGCCGCCCAGUUCAAAGCUCGCGUCCCCGGACUGGAUGA